AUGAAUUUCUUUAUGAAUCUCUUCGGAUAAGGCUCCUCAGGGCCACAACCAGAGAGCUAUGAAAUCAAUGGCUAGGAAUAUCAUGAGUUGAAUUUAAUUGCUGAAGGAGGUUACGGCUUUAUUUGGAGAGCAAUCGAAACCAAAACCAGGAAAUUUUGCGUUAUUAAGAAAAUUAUUUGUCAAAGCAAAGAGGCAAUCGAAUAAGCCUAAUUGGAAUUGGACCUACAUAGAAAACUCCAACAUCCCAAUAUCGUCAAAUGCUACAACGGAGUUAUCAAAUUUAAUAAGAAAUUAAAUCAGACCAUUGCAUACAUGGUAUUGGAAUUGUGUGAAGGAGGAACAUUAAUUGAUUUACUGAAAAGGUACAAUGAAAAAAGGUUGAGUGAAUAAUAAGUCCUCCUAGUGUUAAAAUAAUUAGUAUAAGCAAUCAAAUAUCUUCAUACCUAACAACCUCCAAUUACUCAUAGAGAUUUGAAAGUGGAAAAUGUGUUAUUGCAUAAUAAAGUAUUCAAAAUUUGUGAUUUCGGUUCUGCAAGCACUGAAAAUAUUGAUUUGAAGUAUUGCCAAUCGAAUAAACAUCAGAUUUCUCAGUAUGAAGAGAAUUUCGCCAAAUAGACUACAGAAAUAUAUAGACCUCCUGAGAUGACUGAUUUAUAUUUAAAGUAUGAAAUCAAUGAAAAAGUUGAUAUCUGGAUGCUCGGAUGCAUUCUAUAUACAAUGUGCUUUUACAAUCCACCCUUUUAGGAAUCUUCAAAACUGGCUAUUGUUGAAGCCUCCUAUGUCAUUCCAAAGGAAAAUAAAUAUUCUAAUAAGAUGAUUAAUUUGAUUGGGAUUAUGCUUCAACCAAACCCAAAGGACAGGGCCUCCAUCUUUUAAAUAGAAGAUAUAUUGAAGAAUUACGACACCUUGACAUAGAUAGUAAUAAAUAACAUCAAUGAUUAGGAUAGCAAAAAUUAAUAAGAGGAUGACUUUGGUGAAUUCUAAUCAGGAGAUUAAAAAACAUAGGAAUAAUAACAAUAAAAGACUGUUUAAUAUGAUGAUUCAUUAAUUUGA